UCCAGCACCCGAUCUCCCUCCGGUUAAACAGACAUUUCACAGAGAACCUUUCACGCACCGAUUCCAGAGACGCCGAACAGCUCCGCAAAGAAGUUUCCGAUAACCUCAACGAGGUUUACAAGCAGGUUCCCGGAGUCCAGAAGGUCCAGAAAACCUCGUUCAGGAUGCAGAGAAAUGCUGGAAAAAGGCAGGAGUACGCCAUCAUGGACACCGUCCUCACCGCUCCUCGCAGCACUUUCCCCGAUAUCGUCAAACUCACGGAGAAAAACGUGCAGUCUGGAAACGUGAACGACCUCAAAGUCGUGCCGGGAUAUUACACCGUGGCCACAGACAGAGAGGCUGUGGGAGCCGUGGAGUUUCAGGAAGGCGUGGAGUCUAUAGACGUCCACGUGCCGCUCUUCGUCAAAGAUGAAGACGAUGAUAAGAAGCAGCUCCUGGUGGAGGCCGUGGACGUCCCGCUGGGCAUCGCUGGGAUCGGGAAGCGCCUGGUCAACAUCACCAUCAUCAAAGAGCACG